UCCACUGGUACCUGUCAUUCCAACCAUCCCAUUCCUGCUCGUGCUCGAGAGGACCGUACCCAGCGGCCGGUCGAUUCGAAUUUACGGGACGGGAUCCAGCCCUUGGUACUCGACGAUGUACAUAGCCUUGGUAGCUCUUAGUGUGCUAGCUCGUGUUGGUCUGUCUGCUCUGCUGCCGCCCACUUGCGGGACUCAACGUAUCAACCCAUCAUAAAAGGCGGCGUAUUCCCCAAUGACUUACUGUCCCUCGUCCUUGUGCCUUCACCUUCACUUUCGUUUCAUCCUCCGGCAGUUCACAAUGAAGUUCUUCAUCCCCACUCUCCUGACCCUCAUCGUCACUGCGUUCGCGCUCACCACCGAGACCGAGCUCAUCGUUGUCUCUGGUGACACCGGUCUCACCGGUCUCUACCUCGACUCCCACAAGGAGGCCACCGGCACCAGCUGGGUCUUCCUGUCCGAGCAGGGUGAUGUCCAGAAAUUCUGGAGAUCUACCGAUAACUCGACCUUCCACACUGCCUACUCUGACGCCGGUACUUACUACUUGCACAUCAAGGACAACUACCUGGUCAUGACCACCAAGGCCUACUCUGAGUUCACCGUCGUCCCCUACCUUGCCUACAACGGAUUGACUUCCUACUUCUACGCUUGCUCGGGUCUCUCUGACCCCAACGACUACACAGAUCUGCAGUAUCUGGUUAUGUACUACGAUUCCGGCGAGAUUGUCCCUGCUGGAUGCAAGACCAUCUACAUCAACGUCAUUGCUAUCUAAUCGAGUCCAUCGAGCGAUGUGCUAAUUCCAUCAAUGGGGGGUAAUAAUGGGGGUGUGUUUAACUUUUAUUGUGAUACCUAUUAUUGUUAAUAGUUGCCUGAACUUAUAAUAUUGUGUUAAUUGUAUGAUUAUAUGUGCGAGUGUAAUCAUGCCGUUGUCACAGCUAGAAGUGGAUCCAGAGGAUCAAACAUUGAAUGAGUGAAUAUCUGCCAACAAUUAU